AGAUUCUUUGUUGCCUGUUUAUUAUUCUGAAUAUACACAGCUAUAUGUGCAAAUAAUUACUAAUAUAGUGUAAAGUGCGAAAGAGUGCACAUAAUGAGUACCUGAUCGGACUUUACCGACAGACAGAUAUUGUUCGCCGCGACGAGCAGAGCUUCGUCUGAAAUCGUUAAAAAUCGGUUAGGAAAAUAAAUGUACCAUUCAAAAAUAUACUAGGAAAUGAAUACGAGUUCAUUAUCAAACUAAAUAACUGUAGUAGGUUGACACAAUUUAUCAAAGAAAUCAACUUUGUGAUAUGUUUUGAUAAGGUUGCCGUUAAUUUAGCUAUAAAAUUGAAAAUACAAUCAGUGAAACGAUAUUCGUAAGCCUUAUAUAAAUCAGUGCGUUGGCUGGCUAUUCAGUUUUCAAACUUCCUUCGUGAUUAAACUGUUUACACCGAUAAAGUUGCACAAGUUACAUAAGUUACUUAUUUAGUGGCUUACUAAUUUAGUGUCAUAUUGAAUAGGUUUUUCACAAUGCCCUGCAAUACAAGCGGUCGUCACCGGGGUAAAAUCUAUGACAACAUACUACAAACUAUAGGUGACACACCUUUAGUUAGACUCAAUAGAAUCCCCAAGGACCACGGAUUAGAAUGUGAAGUAUAUGCAAAAUGUGAAUUUCUUAACCCAGGAGGCUCUAUCAAAGAUCGUAUAUCUUACACGAUGGUAUUAGAAGCAGAGAAGGCCGGUGUUGCUAAACCAAAGACUACUAGAUUCGUUGAGCCUACAUCCGGUAAUACCGGUAUCGGCAUGGCUCUGACAGCAGCAGUCCGCGGAUACGGAUGUACAAUUGUAACUCCAGAUAAAAACUCUGAUGAAAAAAUGAACACCAUUAGCCUCCUGGGAGCCCAGGUAGUUCAGACUCCUGCAAUGGCGCCGUGGGAUAGCCCUGAAAGCUUCGUUUCUGUUACGAAAAAAAUGUUGGCUGAGGAUCCUAACGCCAUUUCAUUGGAUCAGUAUAAAAACGACGUGAACCCAUGGACUCACUACGAAUACACUGCGGAAGAAAUAUUGUCUUUAGUUCCCGACUUGGACAUGAUAGUUAUAGGCGCUGGAACUGGUGGAACCGUUAGCGGCGUGGCCAAGAAAGUCAAAGAAAGACGCCCCGACUGCGUAGUCGUCGUGGUAGACCCUAAAGGUUCAAUAAUAUUUGAUGAAGGUCGUCCUAACUUAUACUUUGUGGAAGGCAUUGGGGGUGAUUUUGUACCGGAUGUUUUAGACAAGUCCUUAAUUGACAUCAUUGAAAAACCAAAUGAUUAUGAUGCCUUUAACAUGUCACGAGAAAUAAUUAAAAAAGAAGGCUUAUUGUGCGGCGGCAGCAGUGGAGCAGCUAUGAUAUCAACAAUACGAGCGGUAAAAAAACUUAAGCUCGGAGCGGGUAAACGUGUGGUAGUUAUUCUACCCGAUGGAAUCCGUAACUAUAUGACAAAAUUUGUCACCGACCAGUGGAUGGAGGCACAUCUAUUCAAGGAACCACCUGAACGCGAAUUCAUGUGGUGGGACAGAUGCAUUUCAAAUUUGACUAUAAACCGAUCUGUGCCUCUGGUGAAAGAACAAUGUUCGUGCAUAGCCGCGCUUGCUGCAAUGGGAUCAGAAAACAGUGUAGCUUUGGUUAUCAACGAUGAAGGGUUUUUCAAAGGCGUGUUGACCAAAAACAGUUUAAGAUCAGAAGCUACGAAUCCUAAAAAGUCUGGUAACAUCGAUUUCAAGGAGCCCGUAAACCGACAUAUGAUCAAAACAUAUUACAAAAUAGUAGAAAACAGAGGGAAUCCAACCAUCGGACUAGCUUCACGAAUACUGGAUAUAACGCCAUUUGUUAUCAUUGUGGAAGCAUAUUACAACACAAACAAUAAAACUCAACUUAAAGGUUACAUUCCAAAAGGCAUUGUAACACCAGAACAUGUACUGGAUUAUAUAAUUGAGCACCAAAAUAAAUUAUAAUUUGUAGCCAUCACGACCGGCACACAUAACGAAUAUGCUACGCAGAUCUUUUAUAUAACUAUAAUUAAAUUAAAAUGAAUGGCAGUCUUCACUAUCACCUAAUGAAUUGGGAAAUUAUUAAUAUCGUUUAUUAUUUUUUUUAUUUCAUUUAUUCAACCUAUUUAUAUCACUACACAUGACGGGAAUAUGAAUUAUUUAAUCUAUACCCUAGAAAUACCAUUCAAUUCUACCAUUUUGGAGCUGUAGAUUACGUAGGUGCGUGUCGUACAGCUCUAAAAUGUUAACAUCAUAUUGGAGAGCGAGAGUGCGAAAUGCAUUGAUAACAUUUUUCAUUUGAUUUUUCCCGGCACACAUCGCUCUCACUUGUGCAGCAAAUUUACCAGCAUCAAAUAAAUCAAUCAUGGAGCUGAUGAUGACCAGCUUCUUAUUUACACAAGCUACCUACGCAUUGAUACUGUGUCAAUAUAGGUAUCUUCUAAGUCAUAGACUGCGCUACGGCAGCGGUCAGCGAGUGGAAGAGUCAAAUGGUACUAAUUAACAAUCAAAUAUAAUCAUUUUAGUAGGUUAAGUGAAAAUCUUUUAUGUAACUAAUUAAUUAUGUUAAAAUAAAAUAAAUAACCAUAAUAUAAUAAUAACAGGUACUUAUAUUAUUUCCUUAUUAUAAGGCAUGGUUUAUUAAGAAUGUAUUAAGAAAAACAAUAGGUUUCUACUGUACUGAUUGAGUGCAUUGAAUUUGAAUUAUCGCCUGCCGACGUUCAGAUUUUUUGCGCGGAACUUUGUAAUGACCUCACAUAAUAUAUUAAAGAGUCACUCUCUCCGCAGUCUCCUCCACUUCGUGCAAAUUACAUGUCCAGGCAAAAUAUCCCACGAAGAAAUGCCUGCAUUUUAAUGAAUUAUAUUCGAAUGGAUAACAUAUCAAGUAUUAUAAGAUUAGCAUCGAUUAACAUUUUAGAUAUUUUUAUUUAUCUUCAUGUAAUCAUCGUUUAACUGCCAAAAUUUUAUUACAUUGUUUCCAAUCA